AUGUUUCGACGGGGAGCAUUAUAUGUACGAGGAAUAUAUGGGAAGAUCUUAGUAGGGGAGAAGUUGAUGAAUGUUGGGGUAACGGUCAAGGUGAAUAGAGGAGAAUCGCCAGGGGAUAGAAUAGUAGAGGAUUAUCGGGAGAUAGCUAAAAGAGUGAAGGAGAAGAUGGGGAGGAAGUAUAGUAGUUUUGAGUCGAUGGUGGAAGCGAUGGAUGAGGGAGAGGUGAGUAUUCAAGGAGAGGAAGGAGACUGUCGAGUUGAGUAUGAGAAUGGGGAGAAGUUUAUUGAGGAGAGUCGGUUUAAUACUGUUGAGGCAUUAAGUGAGGAGGUGGGAAGACAAGUAUUGAAAGGAGGUGGUGAUGAAGUGGAAGUUACUGUGAUGAAGAGGAAUGCCGUUGAAGGGGUUGAGGCUGUAGGGGCAAGUGCUCAAAUGAAAAAGGGAGAGAGGGAAGAGGAGCAUAAAGAGAGUGAUUCCAAGACGGUGUAUAUAUCAGUUGGGAGCAAUAUUGGAGACCGGUACCGGAACAUCCACCGGUCAGUGCAGCUACUCGAGAGAGGAGUUGAGAUUGAGAGGACGUCGUGUUUGUAUGAAACGGAUCCGAUGUACUACCUCGACCAAGGGAAGUUUCUCAACGGGAUGGUGAGAGGACGAACUAGCUUAAGUGCAAGAGAGUUGCUUAAGUUGUGCAAGGAUAUAGAGAAGGAGAUGGGGAGGAAGAAGGGAGUAGAGAAUGGGCCGAGGGUUAUAGACUUGGAUAUAAUUAAGUAUGGGGAAGAGGUUAUCGAGGAGGAUGAUUUGGUUGUGCCGCACAAGAGGAUGUGGGAGAGGGAGUUUGUAUUAAAGCCAUUAGCAGAGGUGGAGAAGAAAGAGAAGAAAGAGAAGAAAGAGCAGGAGAAAGAGCAGGAGGAGCAAGAGCAGCAGAGGAAAGAGCAAGAGCAGGAGAAGAAAGAGCUCAUUCCAUACCGGCCAUGGCCUACUGGCCAUGGCCUGGAAGGCCAGCACCCCCAUCGCACGCUCCUUAUGCAGAUUAUCAAUGUGACACCAGACUCGUUUAGCGAUGGGGGCAAGUACUAUGGCGAAGCGCAAGAAGUUAUAGACCGUAUAGAUUUCGGAUGGUCAGAUAUAGUUGAUGUAGGAGGGUGUUCCACCAAGCCAGGAGGGGUAAUUGUUGAAGAGGAGGAGGAGUUGAGGCGAGUGUUGCCGAUGGUGCGAGAGAUGAAGAAGAGGGGGGUAUAUGUGUCAGUAGACACGUUUCGAGCGAGGGUUGCGGAGAAGUGUUUAGAGGAAGGUGCGGAUAUGAUCAAUGAUGUGAAAGGGAGCGAGGAGAUGUAUAAGGUAGUGGGGAGAUGGGGGUGUGCAUAUAUAUUAGGCCAUUGGAGGCAGCAAAACAGGCAACAGCACGACAGGCAACAGCACGACAGGCAACAGCACGACAGGCAACAGCACGACAGGCAACAGCACGACAGUGCUGUUGAUANACAGAAUACACAGAAUACACAGAAUACACAGAAUACACAGAAUACACAGAAUACACAGAAUACACAGAAUACACAGAAUACACAGAAUACACAGAAUCAACAGACUGCACAGAAUCCACAGCAUUCUGCUGUGGAUUCUGUGGAUUCUGUGGAUUACAUGGCCACAGUAGUUGCAGAGCUCCAAGAGCAAACACAACACGCCUACCAGUGUGGAGUACGGAAAUGGCAGAUGAUCGUCGAUCCUGGAGUCGGGUUUAAUAAGAAUGAAGAGGAGUGUUUUGAGGUGAUUCGAGAGUUAGACCAGUUGAGGGAAGGAGUUGGGGAAGGAGUUGGUUUGUGUGUUGGGGUGAGUAAGAAGAGGUUUGUCAAAGGGAGCGAUAUUGGGACGGCGAUAGUAGUUGGAGAUCUUAUUGGGCGAUGUGAUAUAGUACGGGUGCAUGAUGAUAUGAGAGAGGUGAGGGAGAUAGCCGAGAAAUUGAAGAGACAUAGGCCAAGCAGAAGGAUUGGCGAAGCCGAUCCUGAAUAG